AUGCAAGCCGAUAACAUCCACGGUAGAGUGGCUGCCAGCCAUAGCACCACCCAGCUACCGUCAAUUCAUACCCACCACCUCCGCGACCUGUCUUCGGAUCUCACUCCUUCUCCCUUCUCCUCAUCAUCCUCUAACCCGAACGCGCUACCUUUCCGUCACAACCACGCCGCCAGCGCCGGCCUCCAGAUCCGAACAGACCUCCCUCCAGGCAUUGCCCACGGCAAGCAGCCCUCCAACCACCAAGAGAACACCGAAUCCUCUCGCUCGUCUCACCCGGCUGCCUCACCUUUGCUGACACCAGCACUACGCCAUAAUCUGUCAACCGCCAGCUUGAGUCCUAACUCGGCUCUUGCUUCGCCCGCUCUGGCCGCCAUGCUUGAUCUCACUCCGCUACCCUCACCCAUCAUGCUCAACGACCCCAAUUCACCUGGUCCGUGGAAGAGGAUACGAAGCGGCCAUUUCGAUCACACCACCCCAAGACCUCCCUCGAGACUCGGUUCCUCGCCGCCGACAACAAGUAUGCUGUCGUCAUCCAUGCCACCGCCCGAUUCACCGCACAAGAAAAAGAAGGGAUAUGGGAGUCUGAUGCAUGCCGCCGUCGAGGCCCAGACGGUACAAAACAUGGACUCUGUCUUCCGCAAGCAACAUAACCGCAAUCGUAGCAUUAGCGAUUUUGUACCCGAAGCCAUGCACAACGUACGGCCGAGGAACGUCACAGUUGGACCGGCUGGUCUUCAUAUCACAACUACGCCGCCGAACGAGGCGCCGAUGCAAAGAGAACACUAUCUCGCUCAGCAGCGCGGCUAUGUGCAACCUUCAGCCUCCUCAGACGAUGAGCGCAGAGCUCAGGACCACCCUCAUACGCAUGCGACGGGCAUGAUGAGAGCAUCCGUGGACUCGGCCAAGGUUCUGCCUUCACCACCACCCUCGAGUAAGGGCAUGAUGGAUGGAGAGAACGAGGAGGAAGACAUACAAAGCAUAGGUGGAGCCGAGGACGAGGACAACGUCGAGUACUUCACCGUAAGAUCAGCACACGAGGACCGCAAGCGCAAAUGGCGUUCAGUACGUUCUCUAGGCCAAGGCACAUUCAGUAAGGUCAUCCUGGCCACGUCGCAGCGUUUACCGCCGAAUACUCCCUAUGACGAACAACACUUGAACCCAAGGAAACUGGUCGCAGUCAAGAUUGUCGAACAUGGGCCGGCAGGAGGUGCCGAUGAGGAACGCAUUGAAAUAUCGCUGAAGCGAGAGGUUGACAUUCUUAAGAGUGUGUCACAUCCCUCGAUCGUACAACUCAAGGCGCUCGAGUAUACCGACGAACGUGCUUUGUUGGUCUUGAGCUACUGUCCUGGUGGUGACUUGUUUGAGCUGGCCAGCGAACACCGCAAUAUCCUGCAACCUGCAAUGGUGCAACGCAUGUUUGCUGAGUUGGUAGGAGCUGUCCGCUAUUUGCACAACAACUAUAUCGUCCACCGCGACAUCAAGCUCGAGAACGUCCUAGUUGUACCCGCCUACAAUGCUCUCUCACAGUUAGAAAACCCUCAAACACACCCUUACCCGCUAAUCUGCCUCACGGAUCUCGGACUCUCCCGCCGCAUCUCUGCUCCUCCAGCGUCGCCACUCCUCACGACCCGCUGCGGCAGCGAAGACUAUGCCGCUCCCGAAAUCCUCCUUGGCCAACCCUACGACGGUCGCAGCACAGAUGGCUGGGCUCUUGGUGUCCUCCUCUACGCUCUCAUGGAAGGUCGUCUACCUUUCGACUGCCCACCCGGCAAGCCCGAACGCUCCCGUCCUUCCCAUCGUAUAGCACGCGCAGACUGGAUGUGGUGUAAAUUCGGCGAUGAAGAUGGAGAGUGGGAUGACAAGCGUGAUGGAAGCAAAGAGUUCAAGGGAUGGGAGGGAGCAAGAGCUGUGGUUGAGGGACUUCUCAAAAAGGUCAGGAUGGGAAGGAAGGGCUUGGGCGAGAUUGAAGAGAUGGACUGGGUCAAGGAGGGGAUAAAGGUUGAGGGCGGUUUGAAGGCUUUUGAUGACACCGAGCCUUUAUGA